AUGAAUGACUCGGGACGUCUACAGAUGGCGAUGGAGUCCGUCCCUCCACACAAUGGGACACACAUUGAAGCUCCUGAAUACGCCGUAGAGUCCUGCGACCAAUGUUCUUCAGCAGGAACUCCACUUGCCCCGGACGACCACCACCUGGCGGGAGUGGGGGACAGCACCCAGCUGUUCGGGGUGCAAGUGGUCCUCAUCCUCGCCUACAUCACCAUCAUAGUGUUCGGAGUGGUGGGCAACGCGCUGGUGAUAUACGUGGUCUACAAGUUCAAAACGUUACGGACCGUCACCAACUUCUUCAUCGUCAACCUGGCCGUGUCCGACUUGUUCAUGAACACCCUGUGCCUCCCUUUCACACUCGUGCACACCCUCUACGGCGAGUGGAAGUUCGGCCGCGUGCUGUGCUUCGUGCUGCCGUGCGCGCAGGCCAUGGCUGUGCACGUGUCCACCAUCACCUUCAACAUCAUCGCCCUCGACCGCCACAGGAGCAUCGUGUACCACCUGGAGCCCAAGAUGUCCAAGGACAUGUGCGCCCUGGUUAUCGUCGCCACGUGGGCCGUCAGCGCCCUGCUCGCCAGCCCGCUCGCCGUCUUCCGGGAGUACGUUACGUUGGACCUCUCGCCCGGCGCGAGCAUCGAGGUGUGCGCCGAGCAGUGGCCCGGGAGCAGCAUGGACGGAAUGAUGUACAGCAUCUGCAUGCUGCUGGUUCAGUACGGGCUCCCCCUGGCGGUCAACUCCUUCGCCUACCUGCGCAUCUGGAGCAUGUUGAAGAAGCACAGCAGCAGCCCAGGAGGUCGCAACGACCGCCACAGACGGCGGAGGAAGACAACGAAGAUGCUGGUGACCGUGGUGGUGGUGUUCGCCGUGACUUGGUUGCCGUUCCACGCGGUCCAGUUGGCCAUUGACAUCGACAGCAGUGUUCUGGAUCUGAAAGACUUCAAACUGCUUUUCACUGUGUUUCAUAUCAUGGCCAUGUGCUCCACCUGUGUCAACCCGAUCCUGUACGGGUGGAUGAACAACAGCUACCGCAACGCUUUCCGCAGGGUGUGUAAAUGUGACUUUAACUACAGCAGGUCAAGUAACACCACGAGCAGGCCAAUUCAAAGGGAAGUCGCUGUUUGCUCCGAUUUCAAAGCUACAAAUGUGUGAAGUUACCUGCCUACAUUUUCAGUCAGUGGAAAAGGCUAAAUAUAAGU